GAUAAUUGCUGUUGCAACCAGCGGAUUUUGACGUAACAAAACAAAAACACAAUUUUACUAGAAAAAAAAAUCAUUUUUUGCCAAAUUCUUUUAUUUUCUUGCCGUUUUAAUGUGUUUUAAUUGUCCUGCAUAAUUGAUAGAAUGUCCUGCGAAAUUAAGCCCUUGGCGAGGAUUGUGGACUUUGAGCAGGUGCAGGAAUUACUGGGAUUCCGUGAAGAGGAAUCCUGGCUCAAUGCUGUUCACUUUUCCUUCUCCCCAACGGGGGAGAUGUUGGUAUUUGGGCAUGGAGCUAAACUGAUCUUCCUGACAUCGAGAUGGGACAACGAUCUUGGGCAGAAUUGCUUCUCAAUCUGCUGGACGGGUGAUUUAGAUAAUCCAAAUGACAUCAUUACGUCCGUUCUCUGCCUUCCUGUGAUGGCAUUGAGCACAUCAUCUCAGAGUUCCGCAGACUGGACGUUGAUUUGCGUGGGCUUAUCAACGGGAUUCGUUCAGUUCUACCUGGAUUUCGGGGUAGUCCUGUAUUCCCAGCAAUUCCACACGGAUCCCGUGCUUUCAAUCAAGGCACAAAGCGGGAGGAGAUCCAAUGAAGAGCUUCACGUCUUCUACACAUCCUGUGUCUGCAUCAUCCAGGGAGGGCAUUUGUUCCAGAUCCUGCGAACUCUGCGACAGCAUCACUUUAAGAAUCACACCAACUCCACAGAUCAGCUCCUUGAGACCAUUCCCUAUCGCAAAUGGAGCUACGGCGGGAAACCUCAGGUGAUUGCGGAUUCUGUGGUGGUGGGCAGUCAGAUGACGUGUGCUUUUGAUCAUUUGCUGAACACGAGCUUGGAGAGCGGGUUUCAUGCCAAAUACCGAAGUACUCCUGCGCAGAAUUCCCUCGUUCUGGCCACGGGGACAAAGCCCUACGUGGGCUUCCACUACGCCAAGGAGGGCUUCGUUCAGCCCGUCCUGGCGGAUGUUGCACGUGCUGUGGCGAGUAAAAUAAAGUCCGCCCUACCCGGAUGGCUGAUGGGGAAGCAACAGAGUGUGACUGAAUCAGCACAACCAGCUCCUGUUCCCGCAGAAUCCAUGCAGUGUCGUUUUGGGCUGUGUGAUCUCCAGCGAAAUGCUUCAGCCAUCUGGCUAGCACCUGGAUGCCAAUUGGCUGCUGUUGCAGAUACCCUCGGGAGGAUUGUUAUCGUUGACUGCCUCAAAGGGUUGGCUGUGAGAAUCUUCAAGGGCUACAGAGAGGCUCAGUGUAGUUUUAUUGAAGUUGCGGAGAAAGUUCCAAAGAGUACAGCAAUAAACCCGACGAAAGCCCGUCGGGCACUGUUCCUUGUGAUUUUUGCCCCAAGACGGGGAGUUUUGGAGAUUUGGCCCCUACAGAAGGGCCCCAAAGUUGCUGCAUUUGCUGCUUCGAAGCACAGUCAGCUGCUCUACACACCACACGGGCUUAUGGGCUUUGCAACGGGUGCUAGACCAAAGUAUACCAGCCAGACGUGUCUUUUCCUCGAUCCACACGAUCACCAACUCAAGGAGAUCUUCAUUCCCUUCCACUGCGCACUCACAGAUGCAAAUUCCAAGACUGCAAAAGAUCUUCAUCUCCUGAAGCGUCUCAAGGCCAUUCUGCGAUCUGGUGAUCACAAUGAUCAGUUCAGAAGCGAUGUUUCGACCAUCUGUGAAACCCUCCAAACAGUUGAAUUUCAACUUCAGUGCCUGGAUAUGAUGAUAAGUUCCAAGAAACUAACUCCUGCCAUUCUUGAAUUAGCCGUGAUGGCUUUUCUGAAGCUUCACGAAGAUGAUGAAGUUCAAGACACUUCAAAGCAAUCCACAGAUCAGAGCAUUAAUUCCCGUCAGCAUCUGCUAGUAAUGUGCAAUAACUACCACAGAUUGCUGGACUUUUACGCCUAUCUCCACAAUCCUGACGAUUUCACACCCGAAGAGCCCAAAGAAGAUGUCGAUGAGGAAGCAAAGGAUGAACCAGAUGUCGAAAAGAUCUCCCUGAGUGCUUUUGAACUCGAUACAAUCCAGAAAAUCCUCGAUCUCGCCACAAUAAGCAGCAACUGUGAGCUCUCCACGCCGAGAGUGAAGUUUAGUGAAAAGGACAUAUCAAAGAAUUCCUUCACAAGAUUCCUCAAUGUGUUCUCCGUAUCAGCUCCUGAUGGCAUAACUAUUCGUCCUGACAGGGAGGAAAAUUUCCACGAAGCCGGUGAAGCAAUCUACUCGAGUUUCCUCGAUCGAGGAAUGUCUCUGAAGUAUUUUGCUAAUGUGGCAGCAAAGAGUUUGGUUGCAUGUGAUGAUUUACUGAAGCUCCUCAUGUCGUACUGGCUCCACAAGGAGUUCCGCUACGCGCGAAGUGAUGAGCUCUUUGAAGACUUAACACGCUUCUCGAGUAUUGUGAGGCAACUGUGCAAACUUGCUGGGGAUAGAGUCAAUUAUCAGUACAAUUCCCUCUGUGUUUGGUGGCAGAAUGUCCGGGAGAUACUCCUUGAGAGUCCGAAUGCUAUGAGGGGACUCCUGGCUGCCAUAAUCUGCCGGAAUGUUGCUCUUCAAGUCAAUCAGGACAGUCCAUCCGAUGAAGAGAAUCACUGGGAGCAAGUUUCACAGGAAGCUUGCCAAUGGACGCUCCUUAUUGGGAAGUUGGAUGACAUUUCCAUCUUGGGUACUAUCCUACGGGCUCCGCUGAAAUGCGAUAAUCCCACAUUGCCGCUUGUUAAAUACGAAAAUCCCAAUGUAAGCCUCAAAUUAAUCGUCAAUGGGGGUAAAGGGAUAAUUGCUGAGCUUGUAGCAAAGUGGAUUGUUGCCUCGGGAAUUGAUGUGAAGCUCCUGCUGGAGGAGGAAGAAGAGCAUCCUGCAGAGGGGACAUCCAAGAAGUCUUUCUACAGCAAACAGACUCCCAAAACGGAAGAUUUGCUGAAGGAGACGUCAAAACCAUUGGUUGUUCCGGAGAAUAAGGAACCAAUUCUUAUUCAUCUCUCCACCCUCCGGGAACAUUUCCCUUUCAGUCUACAAUCGUCUGUUUUGCUGGGGCAAAUGGCCUGGGAGUACAUGUGCUUCUGGAGUAAAAAUCUUCCUGGGCUGAACUAUCUUCUGGCUGGUUUGGAGUGCCUCAACACAAUCCGCCGAAAGGAUUGGGCAAUAAAACACGGAUUAUGCUGCAUGAUCUGGAAUGCUCACCUCAAGAUUCCCCUCGAGGCAACAAAGAAGCUAAUAAAUAAAGCAGGAAGACUUCCGAAAGAGAAACUCUGCUUGCAAGACAUUGGAAUGUCGGACGCCAUUGUUCCGGAAUUCCUCGAACACUGUUCCGCAUUUCUCGAACAUUUUGCCACGAGUAUUGAGAAUGAUAAAGUGGACUUGAAGUACGAGGAGCUCCUUCAGGAAGGGCCCAUUCCACUAACCCUCCUGGCACUGCAGCAAAAUGUUGCCAACCCUGUUCUCUUGGACCUUCAUCGGGAGCUCAAUGAGGUUAUGCAUUUCAUUGCAUUCUUCAACAUAAAAUACCACAGACCCAUUCAGACUCUCUUCGAUGCCAUGUGCAAUCAAGCUUUCUUUACGGAAAUCACGCGACAACUCACUGAUCCACUACCGCCAACAAAUCCAAUUCAACGUGAGACAAGAUUUGAAUUUCUCAGCCAUAUUGUUACUGCCUCCAUUGAUCUUAUUCGUCUCGAUGCAAGUGAACCGUAUCUUGUGGAUCACAUAGCGUGGGUGGCUAAAACUGAGAAACUCGCAGCUAAAUGGCAGGUUGAUCGGAAUAAAUUGAAGAAGCAUCAAAUUGUGGAGCUGUAUGCCCAUGGAUGGGAUGCAUUUGCUGAAGAGUUGAUUGAUGAUGUAACAGAGACGCAAGAUUUGGGGAUUCUUCUGCUGGAGAUUGCAGGAAGGCGCUUAAUUAUGUUUCCCAGGGUUUCAGCUAUCAACAAGCAGGGAGCCUAUGGAACACAACUUACUGACUACUUGGAUUCAUUGUACAUUAAACAUACGUGGCCACAGGUUCGUCAAAACCCUGAAGACAUUGCAUUUGAUAAACUUCUCAGCCUCUGCACUAAAGUAUUCAACUGUCUGUGCCAGAAGGAUUCGCGAGAAUUGCGAAUUGCCGGAGAAUUAUUUGAUGCCUGCAUGACAAUUCGUGAGAAUGGAAUGAUCGAGGGGAGUCCUUCGUAAGGAGGAGGAAGGUAAGUGUCCCUGCAAAAUGGUGCUUUUAUUAAUUAAAUAGAGCCAAAAUGAUAAAGACAAAUGUUAGCGUGUGCACGUUUAAUUAAAGAAAAAAACUCACAAUGUUA